CCUCUUCUUGAGCAGCACACUGGACACUGUUGUGACGGUGAGACGUCGUCUCCGAGUGAACGGUAGUUGUGACAGCAUCGAAACAGUUAAUGGUAGUUAGCGACAGUUGCUCUGACAAACCCUUGGAGGAGUAACAAGUGUUUACUGUUCAGAAGUUUACUUUAAAUUUGCGAGAGCCUGUUUUCAAACUUUAAAACUCGAACUUUCUGUAGUGAUUUCGGCUCAUUCUGGAAUACCUACAUUUUUUGUUAAAAUUGAAUUUGACGUCUUUUGGCGAACUUUGAAGCUCGGUUCUGGGAGCACGAACAUGAUCUAAACGGCGCUGAAACGGAGCCAUCAGAGCGGAUCACCAGGAUGACAGAGCCGGCGGAGCAGCAGACCCAUCACCUGAAAACUUCAGGCAGCCCAUCAGGUGGGAGCAGCGGAGACGCGUUGGAGCAUCUCCCAGCCAGAAACCGUGGUGGACCGGAGCACGGCAACAGGGGGCGACAGAGAGAGCAGAAGCAGCGGGCGGAGAACUGUGGGGAUAUCAACACAGACAAGUUAUGGCAAAUGAAAGGCGGACAGAGGGAGGUGUGCCCUGCCGUAGCAGCCGGAAACGAGGUCCCGAAGUGCCCGAUUGCAGCUCAGCCCCACCACAAAGCCGAUGUUGAUGCAGCGGGUGAUGGCCAUCACAUCCAACAGGGGAAAAACGGCGAAGACAGACCGCUGGAGCACCAGGGGCAGGAGGACAGCCACAUUGACUCCGACACUGGCUUCGAUGCGCGUCUGGGCAAAAAGAGACACAGGCGCAGGACCUCCAGGAAGAAGCGCAACUGGAAGCCUUAUUACAAACUUAACUGGGAUGAGAGGAAAGCCCUGGAGGAGAGGGAGACCGCCAGGGCUUCCCGGCUGAGGGAGGAGAUGUUCGCCAAAGGGCUCCCAGUGGCACCCUAUAACACCACCCAGUUCCUGAUGGACGAGCACGACCGAGAGGAGCCCGACCUCAACACCGAGACCGGGGUCAGGCGGCCGUCAGGGGUCGGUGGCCGCGUGGAGGACACGGGCAGCGAGGAGGACCUCUUUGAUGCCGAGGAGGAGGACGAUGAUGACGGCAGCGGCGGGGGCAGCGAUGGCAUCGGGAGGCCUGGGAACGCAGGUGGGGAGUUUCUCCAGAGAGACUUUUCCGAGACCUACGCGAUGUACCACGUCGAGAGCCUGCAGAAUAUGACCAAGCAGGAGCUGGUGCAGGAGUACCUGGAGCUGGAGAAGUGCAUGUCCCGGCUGGAGGAGGAGAACAACCGGCUGAGGCGCGCCGUGGAGCCCGGGGGUCCGACCGUGGAGAGCUCCCUGGUCCGGCUCGGAGAGCUGGAGAGGGAGCUGGAGAGACUGAGGGCCCAGAACACGGAGCUCCUUCUGCAGAACCAGCCGAGCAGUGACAGGGGCCAAGUCACAACCAAUUAAAGGACACGAUCCGAGUGGGGAACACCCCUCUUUCUAAAAGGUAAAACAUGGGACUGCUGCAUUUUUUUUUUAAAAUUGUCACCAGUUUUCUGUAACAAGUUUGUCAUCUGGACUCCGAGUCCUUUGCAUUGCAAUGCAAUACUUUACGUUUCUUUUCUAUUUGGACUGUAAAGGUGUCCUGUUCCCAAAAAUGUUGUUUUUUUUUUCUCAAAAAGAAAUGUAAAUAUUUCAAAAUAAGAUUCUUUUUAUAAAGAGAAUGUAUUUGACAACAAUAUUUUGUUUGUUCCCGGUUAUCAUUGACAUAAACUGUUCCAUUUUUGAAUUUACAAACAAACAUAUGUUGUAUUUCCCCUCCAAAAAAACAACGAAUAACAAAUUACAGCUAAUUGGUUCAGCUUGCAAAGGCUGUUUUUUGCAGAAGUAAAUUCCAGAGUGAAUAUUUUAACAGUUGUGUGUUAACAUAAGUUCAAAUAAAAUUUUGAAAUCCUG